AUGUCAUUCAAUUACACAACGUUGAAGAAUUGUAAGAAAUACUUGAAGGUGAGGUGCAUAGAUCCUACUUGCCGAUGGAUGGUGCGCGCAUAUGCUAUCGGAGAAUCGGGUUGGUUUCAUGUCCACAAGUACGUAGGAGAGCAUACUUGUGGAGUUGAUCAUGUCACGGGAAAUCACAAGAAUGUCACCGUGGAGGUCAUUGCCUCACUUAUUUUAAAUUUUUUCAUCGACAACAAAGGUCCAAGCCCGAAAGAGAUUGAGAGGAUCAUAUAUAGGGAGCUACAUUGCAGCCUCAACCUCGGGUCUAUUAAUUCUCUCAUGGUUGAUAAGGAGUCUGGCAGGUUUAUUUACUACUUUAUGGUGUUUAGGGCUUCCAUCCGUGGAUAUGCACUCAUGAGAAAGGUCAUUGCCGUUGAUGACACACAUUUGUCCGGCAAGUACAAGGGCAUGUUGUUGUCCGCUGUCACUCAAGAUAUGCAGAAUCAUAUCUAUCCCUUAGUGUAUUGUGUGGUGGAUGAGGACAACGAUGCGUCGUGGGGCGUCUUCUUCGAGAAGCUUAAGGCCUUUGUCGUCGACGAACCAGAACUGUGCGUUAUCUCCGACAGACACGUAAUUAUAGCCAACGGACUUGCAAGGCAUUAUCCGCUUACGUAUCACGAUGUUUGUAUGAGGCAUUUCGGUGAAAAUUUUCAAACAAAUCACCAUUAUUCUGAUUCUCUCUAUUUGUACUACUAUGCGGCCAAGACAUACACGUUGGAAGAAUUCUGA